GCUUCGGGAAAAUCCUUCAGUCUAUCGCGACCCGUUGCUUAUGUCUGUUAUAUGACGCCAUCGAAACCAGUAUCUCUCAGUGUGUCUACGUAUCAUCCGGUCGGUAGCCGUUUUUCUCGGUGUGUUGUAUCUUGUGACUUUCCCAAAACCCUCCUCUGUCUCCCAGCCGCGUCGAAUUCGUACCGCCACCACCCAAGAAAAAGGUAGAAAGGAGCAGAACAUCGGUCGGAAAAAUUGGCUGCAAUCUCCUUUCGCGGUUUUGCCCUUCCCUUGGAAAGGGUGGGUGAGAAAGGAGGUGUGUGUGUGUGUGUGUGCCACGCCGCACGUGAAAAACACUAGCGGAAGUUAACGAAUCCUUUUUGGGCGCGCGAGUUUGUGGUCGCAUCGUGAGCUUAACAAAAAACGGUGAUUCCUUGUCGAAUAUAUCGGAGUUUGAGUGUGCAAGAAUAUCUUGUGUCGUGUGCGCGGUGAAUCAAAUGCCAAUCUGUUUGUGAAACGGAGCUUUAGCGAGCAUUACAACAAGGAAAAGGGCAGAGAAACAGGAAAACGAUACGCGAAAAAGUGUUCUUUAAUCUCUGUGUGUUUUGCCGAUAAGAGAGCACGUGUGAAAGUGGAAGCUGUGGAUCCCAGAUUAAGCAGCAGUUGAAAGUUUUUCUGACGGAAGACGGCCUCCAGCCUCCUGCCAGCUGAGAGAGAAAAAGAGAUCGCAGCUCGCUGACGAUGAUAACGGAUUGCCGCCGACGGGUCGAAUUGUCCAUGUGUUUUUAAUUCAAUUUUCCUCCCGGUCGCAGCAGCAUCUAUCCAUCCAGCUCCAGCCAGCCAUCCAGCCAGCCAGUAAAGAAUACUGUGCACAUAUCGGUGACCUCCGCGAACCAACAACAAAAAAGUAAUAAAAGCAAAUAACGGAUAAUUAACGAGCCAGUUUAAGGUUAUGCAACAUCGGUGCUAUCCGUGGAACAACAUCCCCCGGUCGUGGUCCUGUCCGUGCGCGCGGAGGAAGGGCGCGAGUCCGCUGCUGUGAUCUGUGUGCUCGGAGUGUCCCGUCGUCGACGCCACCGUCAAUGAGAGCCGCCAGGAAAAAAGUGCUGAUUUCGAGCUGCUGCAAACAAACAUUUUCGAGCCGUGAAGAAGCUCAAGUGGCACAACGGCGCUUGUAGUCACCACCGUAGUAGUUAUUCAACGGUCCGAACGGUCCGAACGCUGCCCGGUGUCAAUAUAUAUCUUCAUUCUCUCGGUAUACCUUGCCCCCCCUGCGAAGCCUGCGAAUCUGUACCGUGUCGUGUAGCCCACCUGGUUCAAUUGUGUGGAAUCUUUGCUAGCCGUUGGCGAAGCCAAGGAAGCCGGUGUUGUUGAUGCUUGUUAUUAAUUUAUUUAGUUUUUAGUUGUUUUACCUUGCCGCCCGGCUGCAAUCGGCGGUUGGUUUUGGCGCAAGUUGGCGCGAUUUUUCUCUAGCUAUUUGCGUUUCUGCCACGAUAGCGGAAGUUCGUUCAAGUGCUACUUGUUGUCGUCGUUGUUGAUUGCCGCUGGCAGUUCGAAAUAUUGUGCGUUGCAUGUGAUACGAUCGUGUCCAGUUUAUGAUUGAUAGUGUGAGGCGAUUGAGGUUUUGAUCACGCGAAAAUAUUCAGUGGAAUACUUGGUGAUUUCUUGAGGAAAAAAGAAAGUGAGUAAAUAAAGAAGAAACGACACAAUGCAACAUCAUCCGGGUUCGUGGUAUAUACCCUGGGGUGUCCCGGGGAUGGGCCUCCAGAAGAUGCUGGCGGUUCCGUUUAAUCCCGCCACUGCCGGUUUCCAUCAGCCCCAAAUUGCGGCAGCGGCCGUUCAGUCUCCCCCGCAGGCCAGUCUCCAAACCGCAAGCCAGCAGCAGGCCAGCCAACAGGCUGCGUCCUAUCAGCACCAGCUGCAGCAUCAUCCCGCUGCGGCCCUUCACAACCCGGCUGCUGCUGCGGCCGCUGCGGUAAUGCAGCACCAGCAGUUACAUCCGGCCGCUGCCGCAGCCAUGUUCACACCGUUGACCUUGCGCAGCUUCGUGGCCCAUCCGCAUCUGAAUCUCGGUCAGCAGUCACUGGCUAGUGCCCAACAGCAGCAACAGCAGCAUACGCCCUCGCUUUCCGGAGCUCCCCAAACGCAGUCCCAGCUGACUGCACUUAAUCUGAACGGAGCAAUCGGGGCGCUCAUGCCAAUGCGGCAACAACAGCAGCCCCUCCAGCAGCAGCAGCCGCAGCAGAAGAUGCCCAACACCGUGUCGACAAGUUCACUCAUCAAGCCGAUGAGAAAGAUCAUCAUGUCAGACAAGGACAGACCCAAGCUGGUCUCGACCGAAAAGCGGAAAGCUGACGAAUUCGAACCCGUUAAGGAUCUCAAAAAGGCUAAGCUGGAAACCAAAGCACUGAAAGCCAAACGGCCCGGCUUCACGGAUGAGCGGUACCACGAAACGUCCUAUUACAUCGAAAACGGUCUCCGGAAGGUGUACCCCUACUAUUUCACGUUCACCACGUUCACCAAAGGCCGCUGGGUCGGCGAGAAAAUUCUGGACGUGUUUGCCCGCGAGUUUCGCGCCCAUCCGGCCGAGGAGUACGAGCGGUGCAUAAACGCCGGUACACUCACCGUCAACUACGAGAAAGUGCCAAUAGACUAUAGGUUAAAGCACAACGAUCUCCUGGCGAACAUCGUACACAGGCACGAGACGCCCGUUCUGAGUCAUCCCAUCAAUAUAAUCUAUGUUGACAACGAUCUCGUUGUGUUGGACAAACCCUGCUCGUUGCCGGUCCAUCCGUGCGGCCGUUAUCGCCACAAUACGGUCGUGUUCAUCCUGGCCAAGGAGUACAACCUGAAGAACCUGCGAACGAUCCACCGGCUGGAUCGGCUCACUUCGGGCCUGCUGCUGUUCGGGCGGAGUCCGAAGAAGGCCCGCCAGAUGGAGCACCAGAUUCGGAACCGACAGGUGGAGAAGGAGUACAUCUGCCGGGUGGAUGGCGAGUUUCCGGAAGGCAUAAUCGAGUGCAAGGAGCCAAUCGAGGUGGUGAGCUACAAGAUAGGUGUCUGCAAGGUAUCACCGAAAGGCAAGGAGUGCACCACAACCUUCCAGAAGAUUGGUUACAACGGCACAAGCAGUGUGGUCCUGUGCAAGCCGCUGACCGGACGAAUGCAUCAGAUCCGUGUGCACUUGCAAUAUCUGGGCUUUCCGGUGGUGAAUGACCCUCUCUAUAAUCACGAAGUCUUCGGCCCGGCCAAAGGACGAGGCGGUGAUAUCGGCGGCAAAAGUGACGAACAAUUGGUGAAAGAUCUGAUUAACAUUCACAACGCGGAAAAUUGGCUGGGAAUUGACGGUGACUCCGAGCUGUCGAUGUUUAAACCGAUGAAAAAUGAUUUAGAGGAUGGAAAAGGUGCAAUUCUUAGCGACGACGACUCCGAGAGUGUGUCCCGUGAAGCAUCGCCUUGUUCCGAAAGCCCGAGACCGGUUUCGCUCGGAAGCGAGAGCCCAAACGAGAACAUGUGUGCCUCGAUCCUAACGCCCAACACGCUGAAUGUCGUUGGAAGUGCCAACACUGGCAGCAGCAACAACAGCACCACCGCUCUCAAAACCAGAUUGCAUUCGCAGAAGGUCACCGUCGCUACCCAAACCGGACACGAAUCGCCCGAUCUACCGUUCGAUCCAGAUAAGAUGACCACGGACAAGCACUGCUAUGAGUGCAAAGUGCGCUAUCGGGAUCCCAAGCCGCAGGAUCUGGUCAUGUAUUUGCACGCCUGGAAGUAUAAGGGUCCCGGCUGGGAGUACGAAACCGGUCUGCCCGAGUGGGCCCGCGUCGACUGGACCGAGAACGAUUUCGAAUGAAUGCCAACCGGGGCGGAAGUCUACUGCUAGACUGAAUUCGAUUCAGUGCCGGGCGACGGUGGGAGAUGAUGACGGAGUGUAUGGGUGAGUGGGUGGGUGGGUGCCUGUGUAAUUGUACGAGUGCGUGAAAUGCCACACCGAUCAUCGGUGGUGGUGGUGGCAAACAAAUAAUGGAGACCAAAAUGGAUGUGAUCAUUAUCCUGUUCGUUUUGCUUUUUGUUUUGUGCCCGCUCCCAAACAUCAUAUGCGCGAGCGAGCGAAAGUGGUGUGAGCAUGACGGAAGCAGACAUAAAAGACAGAUUUUUAUAUAGCAGCUAAAGCAAAGUUUGGCGCGACCAAAACUAAACAGUAAUAAUGUGUUGAUUCGCCCCCCGCCCAAGCCAGCAGGAUGGCGACGGCGGCGGGGAUACAGUUUCUAGAAAGUUACGAACAAGAAGGAGGCGAUGUUAGGAUUGAAGAAGAAGAGGAAAAAUUUCUAAUGGAUAGUAUUUAAGUUUUAGUGUAAUCAAAGGACGGCAAAGGACGAAAUUGCAUAAUAGAACAAAGCAAGAAUAUUAUGUACAGCAGUAGUGGAUACAAAGACGCUUUUUAUACACACAUACUUUUGAUAGCUGAAGAGGUCUAUACACAGCUGACGGAAGCGCGGAGAGGAAACGCAGCAGAAAAAUUAAAUUUACUUGAACUUUUUGGAAGCAGCGUAUCAAAUUCUCUCACUUACAUAAUUUGUGACAUGGACGCCUCAUUGUUUUUCGUGCCAUUUUGACGAAAAACUAGAUUGAAUUUUAAUACCCUUCGGUGGUUUGAAUUUAUUGGAUGGCGCUGCGAGAUACCAAACCAUGUUCUUUUCAUAAGCUAAUGUUUGCCGAUUUGAGAAUUACCCCGAUCGAAUCCGGCUCUUCCGGUGGAAGCCACACUGGACGUAAUGCAAUUCGGUUGCUUUAUCAUCCCACUGGACUGCAUUUAAUUAUGCUUGCGCCGCGGAAGCAUAAUUUGUAAAAAUUAUACGCUAAUUAAACUUGGAAGAGCGAAGCAAAAAGGUAGCCAACCGCUGUUAGCCAAUUAUUUGCCGGUCUGAAUUCCUCUCCGGUGCGCACUCGCCAGUUAUUAAAUUUAAAUGCAAUAAAAUUUCGCACCUUCGAUUGUUUGUAUGUCGCGUGAAAUGGGGAAAAAAUGCAGGCAGAAAAAAAGCGCAAAAAGAGAAAUGUUAAAAUGAGAUAACCAGACAAUACAGCACAUGGAUGCAAGGAAGCCGACGCAAAUAUUUUUGAAAACAAUGAUAAAUGAAUUAAACAUGAAUAA